AUGACGAAGCACUGCUCGCAGACGAAAUCGAUCAACGGGUCUAUGGUCAUUUCCGUUUCAAGCCAUCAGUACAAGGUCAUACCGAAAUGCCAGAACUGCUCCGUUGCCAUUGUAACCGCAGACGACUAUCUUUUGGUCGCCACGCUCUACAAACUCGGGACGGAGAUUUCGAACUCCUCUGCUGCUGAAUGCGAUCUAAACAGACUGGAUAUAUUUGACGGGAAUUCUUCGGAAAUAUACCAAGUCAAAUGGGAUUCGCAAACGAUUAAAAAGUUCAUUUUAGAUAAAGUUGGCAUCUGCGGCUGUAAACUUCCCGACAAUACUGUUUUUAAGUCGUCUGGUAACGCCAUCACGGUUCGUCUGCAGACGACAUGCGACCAGACGAUACACGGCGAGCUGGAACUGGUAGUAACGUCAGUAAAACACGAACUGUUCAACCACACGGACUGCGCGGGCCAGUUCAAGUGCAAAACGAGCGGCGAAUGCGUGGACAAAUAUAUCGUCUGCGACGGAAAAGCCGUCUGCAAAGACAAAUCAGACGAGAGCGACUGCAAGCUGCACAACAUGAUGUGCUUCGACAUGUUCACGUGCAAGAGCGGCCAGUGCAUAAACAAAACUGGCGUAAAUAUGCGACGGCAAUGA